AACGACACUUUAGGAUAAAGGUGCUGCGUCUCUCCAGCUGUUCUACAAAGUAUAUUUGAGCCUCGAAGGCAAGGACCGACUGCAUUUUAUUGCUCUUCAGAAAAAGCAAAAGUACAUGAAUAGUAGAUUCGACGUCUCCAAAGUACCUGAACAUCUACCGUCUUACAUAUCAUCUGAACACCCUCUAUCAACACCAUUGAUCAAGGCAGCCGAUACCGUCCUCUGGCACAGAAAUAAGUUUUGGGCUAUCACGAAAGCCUGUAGACAAGAACGAGAGCGAUUUGAAGCCCUCAUGGAGUAUCCAGUGAUACAGCCGAUUGAGCACUUUAUUCCAGAAAAGUUGCCGGAUAAAAAACAGAAAGAGAGCGAAAUAUUGGACGAAUUCACUCGCAAACAUCCGGUUUGUAAGACGAAGAAAAAAUAUCAAGUCGAGUGUUGUCCUUCGAAAAGAAUCUUGGAUAUGUCUUGUAUCGAAGAUCCUACAGCUGCUGCGGAAUAUAUCGACUUCUUGAAGAAGCGUAGCAAGAAAAUGGCUGAAUGUCACAAAUUGAAACUGAAAACACAAACAAUGAUGAUGGCAGAGGCUUGGGAACGAUUACUGAGGAAACAGGACAAAUUCUUCGACGAAGCUCUCGGAAGACGAGUGCUGGAUCAGUCGCGUUAUGAGAAACAGAUGUUGAGGAAGCUGUGUGAGGUGCGAAACUUAAGAAGUAAAAUUGUGGAGACUCGUAAGAUAGUUGAUACAAUGUUGCUGAAGGCUAAACAUGACGAACUACGAUUUAAACAAUAUUAUCAAGAUGAAGAAACAAUAAAGGAAGAGAGAGAAGAUGUGGAAAUGGAGAUCAGUAGAAUGUGCGAACUGCAACAGAGAAUUCGCGAAGAAAAGGUGAGUAGUGUAAUAAUAUUUUAUUAUGAAUCUCUUCUUUUAAGAAGAAGAAGAAGAAAAAGUGCUGAUGUAAAAUGUAAAAUGUUUUUAAAGAUACGCAGGAUGAAAGAAAAACAUCAAGAUAUCUGUUUAGAAAUUAUGAACGAUUUCGUGGAUAUCGCGGUGAAACUUGCUGAUUAUCGUCAAGCAAAUGGUAAUCAUAUCCCAAAUUCUAUUUGGAACGAAUGGAAAAUGUUAUUUUUGAAGAGCCAACCAAUAUUCGAAUAUAUGGAUUACUUUGAUGAUGUCGAAGAAGCAGAAAAUAUAGAAGAAAUAGAAAGUGAAAAAGAUAUGAAAAUGAAUGAAGAUGAAGAGAAGAACGGUUUACUUCAGCUGGAACGUCAGCAGUCUUUGACUGAUAUAGACUUUGAGAAUUAUCGGGAUCUAGCUUCGCCCUGGGAUCAAUUUGUGCCGAAGAGAGAAAAGGAAGUUGAAGAAGUUUACAGAUUAGGUUGCGUUGUGCUUGGUUACAUCGUUCAUCGCUUAUUGGAGAUCUUAUAUCCUUAUUCGGCUAAAAUAAUGGAUUGUCCAGUGCCUAGAGUCAAGGUCGCAGCCAUUAUUUUGGGUGUGACAAAUGCAACCUUGCACAGACAGUUACAAAAGUUGCUGAAGAAUACUGGAAUUCGUUUGCUGACGAUGGAAGAUGCGAUCAAUCAUUGUCUGGAGAGCUACAAGCGGGAAAUGACCGAUGUGGAGUACAUCGAUCUCAACAUCAUCUCGACGACGGAGAGAGACAUCAAGAGAUUGGAAACUAAGAGCAAGAAUGACUCAAGGGAGCGUCAUCCAAAGAAGAUUGAACGAUCAGCGAAGUCGACACCGUUUCACCAGAACGUUUCACCUGAAGAAAAACAAACGCAAACGCCUAGACAGAUACCUUAUGACGAUAUGAACCCGAUUUUAAGCGAUACCGCGUACAUAGGCAAAUGGACUUACGAGUUCCUCACGUUGGGUCAACCUAUUUCGAACGAAUUGAAUACGAAGAUACUGAUUGAGUACUUAAAAGGAAUCGGAGAUGUCGAAGGAUGGGCAUUAUUAAAUUAUCCUAACACCUAUGAACAGAUGGCGAUGUUGGAGAAAGCACUGACAGGACGUGAGAUACCUCCCGAUCCUGUCAAACUUACUGAUGUCAACGUCGAAAACAUCGAUCUUCCAUCAGUCAGAAUUGUGUUCGAGGAUGACACAUUCGCUAUAUACAGGCAAUCUAGAUUGUUGCCGAACCCAAUUUCCACAGCAAAAGAUUAUAUUUCUUCUAUGACGUUCAUGACAAUUUAUAUUAAGGCAAUGCCAAAGUCAAAUGCAAUAGACAGUCAAGAACAGACUUGUAUACCUCUACCCGACAAUGCUACCUCGAUGGACGAAUUUUAUGCUAAUCAAGAUAUUGCAUAUGGAUUUUUUUACAAAAAUCUCGAUCUUUCAAUCUUGGAACAAUUAGCCGAACUUAUUAUCGAUCAUUUUUAUGGAAAGAAAUUACCCUCGAAACUUUCCGAAAAGAUUCUACAAGCAGAUCAUAAUAAACAAAAUCAAUUUGCUAUUAAUUCGAAAACGGCCGUUAUUAAACGCUUGAUACCAAAAUCCAAAUGGAAACCCUCAGAAUGUGAAGAAAAGGAAGCUAUCGAAGCUGAAAGCCGCAAUUUACAAUCAGAAAUUGAAACACAGUUAGGAAAAGAUUACGCUAAACCUGGGGAAAGCAACUGGCAAUGGCUGGACUUCUCUCAGUCUACAGCUUUACUCAAAAUUUUGGCUACACUUUGGGAGAGCGUUGAACAGGCUUACAUUGAAAAUUUGAAAGAGAUUCUUUCCUUGAAGAGGAUGCAUAUGUCAGCCAUUAUACCCUAUAAGAAACUUGUCUUCAGGAAUUUAAUGAGAUUCAUCGAUCGACCUGAUAAAAGGCAGAUUUUAUUAAAAGAUUUUCAACAGGCCUUUAAUGAAAUCGAUGACGAUCUCAGGAAAGAUUUGGACAUGAAAUGCGAGUUACACUGUCGGGUCGAUGAUUUUCAAAAAGAGUUGUGGGAGCUGUGUGACGCGCGAAGAUACGAGGCUGAAGAAGAGAGAAAACGUACGUUGCGCAAUCAGUGGAUUUUGAUGGAAACCGUGGUUCUCGUUAAUGUGUAUAUUGGAAUUUUGCAAACCGAAGUUGACAGAUUCGUAGAUACUAUGCAGCUUCUUCAGGAUUAUUACACCUCCAUGUUGCAGAAACCACUGCAAGAAUCGCGAUUCUCUAAAAUCGUCCUUGAUAAUAUCGAAUUGGAGGAUGUUCUUCAAGAAAUCUUGGAUGAAGAACAAAUGACAAAGAUCAAAUCAAUCGCAACUUCCGCUCGAAUCAUAAAUAAGGAUCAGUUUAAGACUGAAAUCGAAACUUUAUUAAUCGACGUAUCGAAGAGCUUUGAUUCUGAUCAGAAUAUCAUUUAUAAUAUUAUCAAAGAUAAUAUUCGAAAAGUGCGAGGUACCGUAGAUUCCAUCUCGUCACUGAUGCUGGAUACAUUGAAGAAGGAAGAGAAAGCCUCGAGGAAUGGCGAUACGCCGUUUUGUUCGAGAUCGAUCGUAUAUAUCAGAGAUUGGAUGUGCUGA